AUGCCUUCUGAAACAGAAAAAUCGAGCGAAAAGCCUCAGACUCUCGGGCCUGCGAAGUUUGCACAUCAUUCCGAGGGCCACAAGAACAGACUGGGAGAUAUCAUCAUUAAGUCUAUCUUCAAAGGUGGGUUAUAUGGAGCUCUGAUCUCCAUACCCACAGACCUUCUUUUGCGCUGGAAAUCCCCAACAUUCAGAUUACUUGGACUCAGGGGCUGGGUUUUUUACCAUACGAUAUGGAUUUCUGCUGGAGCUUCAUUCCACACCGAACGCGAGGUGAUGAAGUUUGAGUCUCUCGUUAGGUGGGAGGAAAAGAUGAAGCGGGACAAGCUGAUUGAAUUGAGCGUGAUGAAUGGUGACUACGAUGAGGGAUACGAUUCCAUUCAACGCAAGAAAAAGGCCAAAGCUGCAGCGAAUGCAGAAGAUUCCCCAAAAUGA